AAAGCUGCGGGAGCAGUUCGCAUCCUCUCCAAAAUGUUGCUCGUCUUCAUCAUAGUUUACGUUGUCAUGACCAUCAUUCUCAUUGUCAAUCAAAUUCAAAGUAAAGAAACAGCAAUUACCAGAUGUACUAAUUUAAAUUCCACCAUGGCAGCAUCUUGUCAAGAAGUGGAAACAUGGAAGAUUAUACGUAAUGCUAUCUUAGCAGCGAUACUCAUAGUAUUUGAGGUAUUUUACGCUGGGACCGCUUCGCGUUAUGCAACAGAACUCGAGAAUAUGUUCCGUCUUAAACGCAGGCGCGUUCCUACUUCAACUUUGUCCGCCGCAAAUCUCACUACCAAGGAGUAUUUUGAUCCACACGGACAUCAACGCCCAGUUUAA